CCCUGAGGUUAUCUGACUGUUUUUUUCUACAACAUUACCAAUCAUGUCUUCCUUUCGUAAAGCCUUAAAAUCUAAACAACGGGAUCACAAGGAAAGAUCUCAGCCUGGUUUCAGAAGAAAUUUGGGACUUUUGGAGAAAAAGAAGGAUUACAAACUUCGAGCAGAUGAUUACCAUAAGAAACAGAACACCCUUACAGCUUUACGCAAGAAGGCUUUGGACAAGAAUCCAGAUGAGUUCUACUUUAAGAUGAUCAACGCCCAGCUUAAGGAUGGACUGCAUGUAGUGAAACCUAAGGAGGAGGAGGUGGUGCUGACAGAGGAGCAGAAGAAGGUGAUGAGGACGCAGGAUAUCAAAUACGUGGAGAUGAAGAGGGUGUCGGAGGCUCACAAAAUUGAAAGGUUAAAAGCUGAACUCCAUCUGCUGGAUGCUGACGGGAAACAAGAAAACAAGCAUACCUUUUUCGUGGACACAAAGAAAGACGUGGAGGAAUUUGACCUGGCCAAACACUUGAACACAGUGCCUGAGCUUGUCGACCGAACCUUCAACCGGCCCACGCUGGAGACGCUGGAGAAGAAGAGCGUGCAGGGGGUCGUGGAUCCUAAAAGCCUGCAGAAACUGGCAAAACAGAGGAAAGCCCAGUACGAAAUCCUCUCUCAGCGAAUUGACAGGGAGAAGAAAAUGUACGUCAUCGGUCAGAAAAUCCAGACGCGCAAGGACCUGCAGGAGAAGAUUAAGAAAGUCAAAGUUUGCAACGAGACGGCCAACGCUCCCGCCGUGUACAAGUUUGAAGCCAGGAGGAAGAGAUGAAGAAGAGUACCUCAGAGAAACAGGAGCGAUAUUACGAGACUGCUCUCAGUACCGACUGCCAUGGCCCCUUCUCGCGGCUCCCUCUGACGCCGUCUGUCUGGACUUCUGUCCGUAAACCAGCAUCGUGGAUGACGUGGGCUCUGAGCGUGUCGCUAACUUUAUAGUUAAAUUACAAGUUUUGUAUAUUUAUUGUGUGCAUACGUGACUAUAGGAUUGCCUUGUUUUAUAU